GUCUUGCCACGGUAGCUCCGAUACAGCCGCUCAUUAGUUCGGAUUGCCUCUGCUCCCGGUCAAAGUAUCUAAAAUAAGUUUUGAGUUUUUGACUUGCAAUUUACCGUAAUUAAGUUAUCAAUUGUUAUCUCUAUGAGUCGCUGUUAAGGAGAUAAUGAUUAGAAUUACAGUCGCUAUUGCCCUCCGGCCAUUAAUGAAUAUCGCAAGUCCCGUUUAUUAAAAUCAAUAAAACGAGAACGCGAUAUUCCCAUCAACUGAGGCAACCAGACGUCAACCAAAAAUGAAUUCCGAACUACGAAGAAGGAAGUUGAAGGAAUCAAAUGGACGCCCCCUACCGAAAAGAAAACGUAAAGAUGCGGAUACAUCGUCACUACAUCGUUCCUUACUAUGUUUAAUUUUAAGCGGGACUAUUUUAACAGUAUUUAUUAUUUUAUAUAUUGACUACAUUCCAUGGCACUUGGGGCACCGUACUGUCGAUUCCAUAGCUAAGAGGUUUGGUUAUGACAAGCCGGUGCAUGCGGUUGUGAUCGAUGCCGGAAGUACGGGAUCGAGAGUUUUAGCUUUUACGUUUCACGAAGCUUACUUAGAUGGGCAUCUAAUAUUAGAUAAAGAACUGUUCGAAUAUACAAAACCGGGAAUUUCGGUAUUCGCCGACAAGCCCGAAAAGGCGGCAGCGUCAAUUAGUACCUUGCUUGAAAAGGCGAAAAAAGAAAUUCCGAAAGAGUAUUGGAGUAAGACGCCUUUGAUAUUGAGGGCAACCGCCGGUUUGCGAUUGCUUCCACAGGAGAAAGCGGAGAAUCUUUUGAACACACUUCGCGCUAUGUUUAAGAAGACACCAUUUGUAACCAACGAUGAUUCUGUGGCGAUCAUGGAUGGAACUGAUGAAGGAAUCUUCUCGUGGUUUACAGUGAACUUCCUGCUAGAGCGGAUCGGAGGGAAUGCUGCAAGAACGGUAGCCGCUCUCGAUUUGGGUGGCGGAUCCACACAGGUUACAUUUUCUCCGACCACCCCUGAAACUUUGUCACAAACUGAACACAUUCAUCAAGCCAUUGCGCCUCAAGGUUCGAUUCCAGUGUUCACAAACAGUUACCUAGGGUUGGGGUUGAUGGCCGCCAGAAAAGAAGUUAUUACCUACAACAACAACGGUCUAGUCAAUAUCACAAGCGAAUGCGUGAACCCGAUAAUUAGUAAUAAAAAAUUCCACUAUGCGGGGGUGGAUUAUUUAGUUAGCGGAUUAAAGGAGAAUUAUCCUACCAUAAAGGUACCGGGCAACUCGUACACGACGGCCGAAGAACGACCCAUUGUUAGUUUUGACACGUGUUCAGAGAUCGUUACGAGCUAUAUUAGAUCAAUUGCGAAACCCAUAGGAGAAUUACCCCAUAAGCAAAUCAACGCGUUUAGUUAUUAUUUUGACAGAGCCGCGGAAGUCGCACUCAUUGACGAACGCAAAGGAGGCCUUGUGAAAGUGUCCCAGUUUAAAACCGCUGCUCAGAACGUGUGCAAACAAGCCAAUGCUGACCAACCGUUCAUGUGCUUGGAUUUAACGUUCAUAUGGUCUCUUUUGGAGAACGGGUUUGGCCUCCGGGCUGAUACGAACAUAUUCCUCUUCAAAAAAGUCAAUGGGCACGAAAUCAGUUGGGCGCUAGGUGUGGCCUAUAGUCUUCUUAAAGGGAGAUAAUCAACUUUGGCAAUAUUUCUAUUAGUUUAAAUAACUGUGACGUGCCUUAAAUGUAUUUGAAUAGAUUUAUCGUUAGGCUGUGCAGAAAUUGUAAUUGCUUAGUUUUAUGAGGUGACGUUUUUUCCUAGUGGUUUAAUGUUUUUAACAUUUUGUACCUUUCCAAAAGAGUGGUUACUUCACUUUUUGUUAUCAAAGUUACGUAUAUUGUUACGUUUAUUUUAUUAUUGUUCUUUUCCAUCGUUACAAAAAAUAUACAUUUCGUAAACAAACAGCUCAAUACAGUAA